CAUACACAUACAUAGUUAUUGGACCUGCUAUGACAAGGUUUCUAAAGGAUGGGAAUAGCUAUGAGUUUCAUGGGAUUGGGAGGAGGGAUGCCAUCCGCCCAGAUGUUAAAUUUUGUAAUGGGAACGGUAUACAAGCAGUUCAUAGAGAAAGAUAUCAGCAACUUCGAGGAAUUCCACAUCGCCAUUCUUGAUAUUUUCAACACUUUUAACGCAGCUUUGCCUGGUAAACACUACGAUGCGCCACCACACAAGGAAAUAGAGGCUGUAUUCAAACAAUGGCAAAAAACACCAGAGGCAGACAGGAAGAAGCUCCUCAUCGAAUUUCUGAAGAAAAAUGUGAAGCUUAGCAAGGUUGAUGGCACUACCAUGAUAGCAGGAAUAGUAACACCACCAGUAGCCAUGGCUACUAAAAGAGCAGGGGAGAAUGUUCCCCAGCUGAAAAUGAUAAAGGCCAUUCCCGAUGUUGUUUUCGUACCAUCGGCAACUGUGCUGGUGCUCAUUUCUGUUAAGAUCUCCAGAAGGGUUUUCAUGGGGAAAAUAGCAUCUUGAUCAUAAUCUAUACUUUAUUGUAACAUAAGGGCAUGUACAAUACAAUUGCUACAAUAAU